GGAAAGUUUGCCUCAGAAGCCAUCUCAUGCCCAUUUGUUACUUCUCAGCGAGCGACAAUGGAACCUUCUUCAAAUGAAUACGACCUCUGUCAAAUAUCCCAAGAAGACAAGUAUGAUCCCAACUCGAAAAGUCUUCUCUGUCCCAAGGUGGGUCGCUGUGGCCAUUCGUUUGCGGCCAAAUCGCUGCGCGAGUGGUACAAUACUCGCAAGAAACAAGACUGCCACAAGGACUGCAAGUUCUUGCCGUGUGCAUAUGGUUGUACCGAAGAGACGAAAGAAAGCGGUGUCGCUGUUUCAAGGGAGUGCAAGGCAUUUUUGCCAAGGGGUUUGGUAACGAACCACAGCCUGUGCCAAGCUGUCAAGGAGAUUCGUCAUUUCGAAAAGAUUGGGACGCAUGCGAAGGCAGCCAACCCCUUCUACCAGUGCAUGUUGUGCCAGCGAGACUUCUCGACCGAAAGUACUGGUAGUCAGUCCAAAAGUGGAAAGAAGCAUGAUCCACAGACGCCGAUUGUUGGAACCAAGUGUGGUCACACGUUUUGCCUCGAAUGUCUUGAAAGCCAACACACAGCACAAUCCUCGAAUGCAAAGACUCGCAAGGGCAAGAGCAAAGACUUUACGUGCCCCGGAAAAGGAUGUCGAAAGACAGGCUUCUCGAUGGAUCACAUUGUGGUGAACCUGGGCUUUCGGGACGCCCUUCGAUACUGGGAGACCCUUGAGAAACCAGAAGAUAUCCAGGAAAAGGGUGCAAAGAACCCAGCUAAAAGCUCCAGCAGCAAAAGUCGACAGUCCAAUUCUCGCACAACUCGGGUUGGAAAGAAGCGGGCGAAAUCCGCAGAGAAGAAAGAAACGUCGUCCAAUGGGAAUUCCAGUAGUAGCAGUGGCCGUCGAAAGCGAGGAAGGGUGCGUGCCGGCUAGAUAAACUUGCAUUGAGGUUGAUGCCAAAAGCUUGCCAAAAUACAAAUCCGAGUCCCACUUCCCUGGGGAUGAUUCCUGAUGUUAGCGUCGUGUGUUUUGGGUUGUGAGGGCACAAUGACACUGUUCCCUUGCAAUCUAUCUCUAGCUAGAGGUAGUAAUAACUACUAGCACCUUGAUAUAAACUUUG